GUACGGGCGGGCGACAUUUUGCCUGGAGUGACACUGAACAUGAUGAAUGAUAUUUGUAUCGUCGGGGCCGGUUUAUGGGGAUCGUCAGCGGCCAGACACGCCUCGGUGCCUGGUCGCAAGGUGUGUCUUAUAGGACUUAGUGAACCACAUGAAAAGGACCGCCCAUCGCGGGACAUUUUCGCCUCUCACUAUGACGCCGCACGAAGUGUGCGCAAAUACGAGGGAAGUGAUCACUUUCGGAGUUUGAUGACAAUGAGAGCUUUUAAAGGUCUUCAAGAAUUGGAAGCCACCACAGGCAUACAACUCAACGCCCCAACGGGUCACAUCUUCUAUGGGAAGGAUAUCGAAAGCAUAGUGGUGCCGAUAGUCAAGGAAAAAGGCGAUCUCUUGACGGCAGAGGGCGUCCGUGAAAGGUAUCCAUUCUUAGAUACCAGCCGAUAUGGCGACACCGCCAUGUUGUUCCCAGUUGAUGGCGGCCUUGCAAACCCUCGAAUGAUCGUCCAUGCGCAACAAAAGGCAGCCGCCCUCCAAGGAUGUGAUAUAAUUGAUGACGUGGUUGACUCGGUGGAGGAGUUGGGGGACCACACUCACGGCGAGCCAGUAAUGAGGGUCCUGACUAAGAAAGGGCGUCGUCUCUUGGCCAAGAAGGUGUUACUGUGCACGGGCGCGUUCACACAGCUCAAGGAUCUUCUACCGCCCUCUACAAAACUGGAUUUUGUAAUUGACGGGACGUUCACAGUUCGGCUGGAGGUUGGGGAAGGCGAUUUGAAGAAGCUUUGCAACAUGCCUACCCUGACAUCGUUCACCGACUUUGAACACAAUUGUUAUAUACUUCCACCGAUAAAGUACCCGGAUGGAAAAUACUACGUGAAGCUAGGACCAGGCUACCAGGACCAGCGAAGGCUGACCACCCUCAAGGAAGUCAAAGCCUGGUUUCUGUCUAAGCCCGAUCCGAAGUUGGUGGAAAAGUACAGAGAUUUGCUUUUGAGUAUUAUCAAAGGUUUCAAUCCAGUCUCCGUCAAAACCGAUAUGUGCGUAUGUUCACGCACGCCGACCACACUCCCCUACUGUGAUAUGGUAUCGCCCAGACUCGGCCUUGCAAUUGGUGGAAACGGCUUUGGGGCGAUGCUAUCUGAUGAGGUGGGAAGGAUGGCCGCAGAGAUGAUCGCUGGAGGGGAGAAUUGGAAUCGAGACAUACCGAGGGAGAUGCUGAAGGCUCAGUUCGUCACACCGCCUUCAAACCUGUGAUUUAAACAAUGCACUAGCUCACUUAUAAUUCUGUUUUUUAGAGUUUCGUUAUUUUCUAAGUAAACCAUUGUGCCCGAUCAUGUGCCCUUUUAGACUUGGCAAAGUCUGGGUUGCGCUCGAUCUGUGCCUAUAGGAAAUCCACUCACAGCGCUUACCGGUAUACCGCAUACGUCCUAACAGUACAUAACGCGCGCCCUCAUGCGUCGAAUCCG